UAGCAACCACACACACAUGACAUGUUUGGACUUGUCUGCUGACAGAGGCCAGUGGGCUGAACUUCCUCAGCCUGCAGAGCAGCAACAGGUCGUCUUCUCUGAACCAUGCUGCACUCUGCACUGACUGCUCCCAGCCAGAAACACACACAGAGAAGACCCUCAUUCUGACUCCUGGACCCUCACCGUGACCUGUGAAUGAAGGAGGACAUGAGGAGAGACCAGUGUGGAUUUUAGGUCUGAAAACUCUGGCAGCUGACAGUAAGGGACCCAACAAACCGCUUCAUCCGUCUCUCGCCCUGUGAGUGUGAGGGUCACCAUGGCAACCGAGCCUCGGGGCAACCCACAAUGGUUUGGCCCCAGUGAUCACCUGAUGUCUAUGUUUAGGACCUGCUCCAGAGAUCCAGCCGAGGCAGUCCAAGCGAGACUGAGGCGCAUGCUGCACACGUUUCUGCUCCAGCAGGGGGACCGUUCAGAGCUGGCAGCGAGGUGCUGCCACCAGGCAGAGUUCUGGUAUUACAGGAUCCUGGAGAACCUGGUCAGGCAGGAGAGGAGAAGACUGGGCGUCAGCGACGUGUCUGGCAUCUUCGAGGCGGAUCUUGUGCAGCGCUGCCUGGUGGCCUGUUGUCUGCAGAUUUCCAUUUGCUUAAACCAUCUACCAUGUGAUCUGCCCCAGCUCCUUCAGAUCCUACAGAUGAAGUCACACCACUUCUGGAGGGUGAUUGAGCUGGUGCUGCGGGCUGAAGCAGGGCUACCUCAUGCUGUCAUCAGACACCUCACCCAGGUGGAGGAGAACGUUCUGGAGAGCUUGGCCUGGACCAGGAACUCACCGCUGUGGGAAGAAAUCCGAGCCAACGGGGGCCAGCUGCUUACCUGCCAACAGGUGAUGCAUCCUGCACAGCUUGAAGAUCCAAAGAUACCAGAGCUACAGCCUGACACAAAACCAGCAGCUGUGACCAGGCCUCAGAGGAGCAGCCCCCUCCAUCUGUUUGCUCGUAAGGUGUACAGUUUGAUGAGCAGGCGUCUGAGGGAGCUGUGUUCCAUCCUUGACAUUCCUGACGAGCUGCGGCUGAAGAUCUGGACAUGCUUCGAGUAUUCUCUGGUCCACUGCUCCCACCUCAUGGUCGACUGUCACCUGGACCAAUCGCUCAUGUGUGCUAUCUACAUCAUAGCUAAGAUCACCAAGGUGGAGAUACCCUUCAAACACAUAAUGAGGAGCUACAAGUCGCAGCCAAACGCCAGGAAAGGUGUCUGUAGCAAUGUGCUGAUUUCAGGACGUAACAUGGACGACCCUCCCAACACCACAGGAAAACAAGAGGAUUAUGACAUAAUGGUGACUCCUAACACGCCAUCGACACAUUAUCCAGGAGCCUCUCGGGAGCGGAGGGGCAAUCUUAUCGACUUUUACAACCAGGUCUACACGACCAGCAUGCAGCACUUUGCCGAGCAGUUUGCCCCGACCUCUGGAGGUGACACUCCUCCUCUGUCUCCAUAUCCUCACCCGUGGAAAGCAUCUCCUCGCAGACACCAGGUGCUCAGCAACCCCUCCAUCUACAUUUCACCAUACAACCCUGAAAUCCCCUCCGCUCGUACAACCGGCCUGUGCUACUACUUCAACGCUAGUCCCCCCCAGUGUCUGCGUGAGAUCAACAAUAUGAUCAAGACGGGCAGGUCACCCACCAGACGGCGCUAUCCGGCGAAGCUGGAGGAGGAGGAGGAGGAGGAGGAAGGAGACCAGAGCCCUUUGGCAAAAAGGCUCCGUUUGGAUGGUCAGUCAGCCUGGCAGAGGAGACUGAGGAGCGUGGUGAACGCUCGUGUCGCGAGAGGGACGCAGGGCCGACCUUCUCUGGUUACAAAGCCAAAGCUGCACUAGAGGGAAGAGGAGCACAGCACCACGCCCUCUGAAACUGAAGCUACAUUGUCAGGUGUCAGAGGGAAAGCACAGAGCACAUAUUGUCUUCCGAUCUGUAAAGAAAACCAAUGCGCCAAGUUUGGAAGCUCAUAGAGUUGGUUUCUCUGCACUAUUUUUGAAACCAAUAUUGCUGCCUAUUGUUGCUUUCAGACAUGCACUCAUAUAAUCUCCUGAAAUUAUCCGGAGGGUCCGUAUGUGAGAACGCAAAUGUCCGAGUGAGAGGCUCCAGACUUUCUCUGCAAGUUCUCCUACUAGGCCACAAAUAAAAACUCAGGAGAAUGUACGAAUGAGCCCAUGUGAGAAACAACUGCAGGAGAUCCAAUGGAGGAUUCGUCGUGAGUGAGUGGCCGCAUUGAUGAUAUUUCUUAAACGUGCUGGAUCCAAAUUCUGCCAAAAAACUAGGAUAAUGCAAAUAUCUCAGGAUCAAGUGUUGCCAAACACGUAGAAGACACUGAUGAAGGUGUCAAGGUACUUUAGGUGAUAAGAGCCAACACCGAUGUGGAUGUGCUGUAAACAGCCUCUGCCUCUGUUCCGACCCCAUUGAGCAGCGGACAUUCUCCGGAGUUCAUGUCUGAAAAUGACUUAAGUGUAAUUGACCAAUGCACAAGCUGUCAUUGGCCAGUGGAGGAGGAUGGUGGUACUGAUCAGCUCUCUUCAGGUUGUGUGAACUUGCAGUACAAGCCACAGUUAGUGUGGGACAAGCUUGUCUGCCUCACUUGUGAAGUGUCAGCAGUGUCUGUGUCCUGCUUGAAUAUUAAAUGAAGACCACAUGUUCAGUGUA